GAAAAUUCGGGAAAAAAGAGGGAAGAAAAUUGGGUUUAUAAAUUGGGUUAGCGCCGGCUUAAAUAAACCACUGGGUCAUUGGCAUCGUCGUUCGACCGAGCUCCUCGUUCUUCUCAGAUCUCUCUCGGUCACUCACUGCCAGAAGGGGAGAGUUGAAAGUCGCCAUGGUUUUGACGGUGAAGGUUUAUCUUCUUCUGUUCGUUACAUUAUUUGCAUCACUCGCGAACUAUGGAUUUUCGCUUUACGAAGAUCAGGUUGGCCUUAUGGACUGGCGUCAGCAGUACUUGGGGAAAGCGAAGCACGCGUUAUUCCAUUCUUCAAAAUCGGGGCGAAAGCGUGUAGUUGUAUCCACAGAAGAGAAUGUAAUUGCGUCACUUGAUCUUCGGCAUGGCGAGAUUUUUUGGAGACAUGUCCUUGGCCCCAAUGAUUCCAUUGAUGGAAUCGAGUUCGUUCUUGGAAAAUAUGUUGUUUCUCUUUCAUCGGAGGGGAAUUUUUUAAGAGCGUGGAACCUUCCUGAUGGUCAGAUGGUGUGGGAGACUUUUCUUCAGGGAACCAAUCCAUCAAAGUCACUGCUAUUGGUUCCAAAAAGUUUGAAAGCCAACCAUGAGACUGUGAUCCUAGUUUUUGGUAGCAGUUGUCUGCAUGCUGUCUCCUCCCUAGACGGUGAGGUUAUUUGGAAGAUUGACUUAACAGAGAACAGUGUUGAAAUUCAAAAAAUCAUUCAACAUCAUGAAAGUGAUACCAUUUAUGCUGUGGGAUUUUCAAGUCCAACUCAGUUUGAUCAGUUUCAAAUAAAUGUUAAGAGUGGAGAGUUGGUGAAGCACCAUACGGCAACAUUUUCUGGUGGCUUUUCUGGAGAAUUAGUAUCAGUUUCUGAUGAUGUGCUUGUGACAUUGGACGCCACUAAGUCAAAUCUAGUUAUAAUAAACCUUAGGAAUGGUGAAAUUGGGAUUCUACAGACACCUAUUGCACAUCUCAUUGAUGAACUUUCUGGGUCAAUUGAAAUAGUGCCUUCAAAGCUUUCUGGGUUAUUUGCUGUUAAAGUUGAUUCUCGUUUAACAUUAGUACGAGUAAAAGGAGAAGGUGAGUUGGAGGUGGUGGAUAAAAUUCACAGUCAGGCAACUCUAAGUGACGCUCUCUUGGUUUCAGAGGGCCAGCUUGCAGCUGCUUUAGUGCAGCACGAGGGAAGUCAUGUGCAUCUAACUGUCAAGCUUAUUGAUAACUGGAGCAGUAAUUUUAUCGAUGAAAAUAUAGUAAUUGAUGGUCACAGAGGAACUGUCCAGAAGGUUUUUUUGCACUCUUACAUUCGGACAGAUCGGUCACAUGGUUUCAGGGCUCUACUUGUCAUGGAAGACCAUUCGCUGUUAUUAGUACAACAAGGUGAAGUUGUGUGGAGUAGGGAAGAUGGCCUUGCCUCUAUUGUAAAUGUAGUAACAUCUGAACUGCCUGUUGAAAAAAAAGGCGUCUCUAUAGCAAAGGUGGAGCACAAUCUCAUUGAAUGGCUGCAGGGACAUCUGCUGAAACUCAAGGGGACUUUAAUGAUUGCAAGCCCUGAGGAUGUAGCAGCUAUUCAAAAUAUGAGGUUGAAGAGUUCUGAUAAGAGCAAAAUGAGUCGGGAUCACAAUGGAUUCCGAAAACUGCUUAUUGUUCUAACUAAAUCAGGAAAACUCUUUGCAUUGCACUCUGGAGACGGCCGCAUUGUCUGGUCUCGUUUACUGCAAGCUUCCCAUAAAUCAGAAGCUUGUGCUCCAAGAUGGCUCAAUAUUUAUCAAUGGCAAGACCCCCACCAUCGUGCCAUGGAUGAGAAUCCAUCUGUGCUCGUAGUAGGCCGUUGUGGACAAAGUAUGGAUGGACCAGGUUUACUUUCAUUUGUUGACACUUACACGGGGAGGGAGAUUAGUUCAUCGAGCCAGAUUCACUCGGUUUUACAAGUUAUUCCACUUCCAUUCACUGAUUCAACAGAGCAACGCCUCCAUAUUUUAAUAGAUGCUCAGAGCCGUGCUCAUUUGUAUCCACAAACCUCUGAAGCUAUUAGUAUCCUGCAAUCCGAAUUUUCAAACGUAUACUGGUAUUCAGUUGAAGCUGACAGUGGCGUCAUUAAAGGACAUUCGUUGAAAAGAAACUGUAUCGAUGUAGCGGAUGACUACUGCUUCGAGAGCAAGGAUGUUUGGUCGAUUAUACUUCCAUCCGAGUCAGAGAAAAUCAUUGCGACCGCUGCCCGGAAAUUAAAUGAGGUGGUUCAUACGCAAGCAAAGGUUGUAGCAGACCAAGAUGUGAUGUACAAAUAUAUAUCAAAAAAUCUGCUCUUCUUGGCAACUGUUGCACCAAAAAGCAGUGGUGAAAUUGGAACUACUACCCCAGAGGAUUCCUGGUUGGUUGUAUAUGUUAUCGACAUUGUUAAUGGUCGUAUAUUACAUCGUAUGACCCAUCAUGGUUCAACGGGUCCCGUCCAUGCCGUAUUUAGUGAGAACUGGGUUGUCUAUCACUACUUCAAUCUUAAAGCACACAGAUACGAGAUGUCGGUGGUCGAAAUUUAUGAUCAAUCUCGUGCGGACAACAUAGAUGUCUGGAAGCUUAUUAUUGGAAAGCAUAACCUGACUUCGCCAAUUUCGUCAUAUUCUCGACCCGAAAUUUUGGCCAAAUCACAAUCCUACUUCUUCACUCAUUCUGUGAAAGCAAUAUCAGUUACAUCAACAUCUAAGGGUAUAACAUCAAAGCAGCUUCUGAUUGGUACAAUAAACGAUCAGAUUUUGGCUCUCGACAAACGUUACUUAGAUCCUCGACGAUCUAUCAAUCCCACACAAGCUGAGAGGGAAGAAGGCGUUAUACCUCUCACCGAUUCCUUGCCUAUCAUUCCUCAGACCUACGCAACGCACGCGCUUCAAGUCGAAGGUCUUCGAGGUGUCGUGACUAUACCAGCCAAGUUGGAGUCGACAACCCUUGCAUUUGCAUACGGAGUGGAUCUCUUCUUUACCCGGAUUACGCCCUCGAGAACAUAUGAUUCGCUAACUGAAGAUUUCAGCUAUGCUCUACUUCUCAUAACUAUCGUCGCUCUCGUGAUCGCCAUCUUUGCAACAUGGGUUUUUUCUGAGAGGAAAGAGCUCCAAGAUAAGUGGAAGUGAUCUCCCUCAAAAGAAACUAAUCUUCAUUUCAGGAUAGUUUUUAAAUCCUCCAUGUAUCUCUUAUUUUAGGCACGCCAAGCUUUAGUCAUCCUCUUUUCUGUUGAGCGCGCAAGUUCUUCAUCAUCAUUAUCAUGUUUUUGCCUAGAUUUAUAAAUUAAUUUGUUCGAAUAUAGAUGGACAAUGACUUGCUAGUUUCUUACCUUUUGAUUUUAUGCUUGUUUUUGUAAUAAAACACAUAUUUUGACUGUCCUUUUCAGGUGAUAAAAGUACAAUUUUUGGAAUU